CUCCCAAAGUCACACUGAAGACAAGUGGCAGAGGCGGGAUUAGAACCCACGUCUUCUGACUUCCAGGCCCACGCCCUUGCCGACUCCUGCCAAUAGGCAUCAAAAUGAGACACAAUCAGAUCUGUUGCCCAACACCUACUCUCUCGGUUCUCGUAAAGUCCGCGGCAAGUAGAUCGCAUCCACCCAAAAAGGCUGUUAAUUUAAAACGUCCUGUUUUUAAAGAUUGCCGGGAAACUUCGGGAACGAACAUGCAAAAUAGUAAGCUGAUUAAACGGGCCAAAGAACCGUGCAUACUUGUUCAGCGUCAAGAAAUGACUGCUUUCUUUAAACUCUUCGAUGAUGAUUUAAUUCAAGACUUCUUAUGGAUGGAUCACUGCUGUAAAGUUGCAGAUAAGUAUCUUCUGGCUAUGACUUUUGUUUAUUUCAAGAGAGCUAAAUUCAGUAGACAUGAACACACCAGGAUCAAUUUCUUUACUGCUCUGUAUCUGGCUAAUACAGUGGAAGAGGAUGAAGAAGAAUUAAAAUAUGAAAUUUUUCCAUGGGCUUUGGGAAAAAACUGGAAGAAAUUGUUUCCUAAUUUCUUAAAGUUAAGAGACCAACUCUGGAAUAGAAUUGACUGCAGGGCUAUUGUAAGCAGACGGUGCUGUGAGGAGGUAAUGGCUAUUGCUCCAACUCAUUAUAUAUGGCAAAGGGAACGGGCCAUGCAUCAUGGUGGAGCUGUAAGAAACUACAGCAGAGACGGAGUUCAUAUGCCUCGGGGUCCUAAUGCUACACCUGAGGAUUGUUCUCUCUGUGGUAAAAAAAGAUGUGUGGAACUUGGAUUGUCUUCAUCUUCCCAAUCCAGUAGUAGCCUAUUAGAGCUCAUAGAAAACCACGAAGCCCAGGAAUCUCCCACAACACUGCCUGUCAGCGAAUUAUAUGAACCAUCUCAAUUUUACUGUUCCCAAGUUCCUUAUGAAAACCUCUCAGACAAAGAAGGGAAAACAAGCUGCAUGAACCAAGAUAAAUCCAUGGAGUGGUUUAAAGGAAUCGAAGAAUGAAAGGGCUCAACCAAACCAUUUGACACUAAGUGUCAAAUUGAGGUUAAAGGAUCUGUUUUGAAUAGUGUUGCAUAGUUGACUGUUAACAAUAGUUUGUAUUGUCCUACUUCAACAAGAGGUAGAAGUGUAAAGUAAUAGCCAAGACAAAACUAGCGCAUUAUAAAAACAGUUUAUUUACAAUAUUAA